AUGGGGGAACCAUCCGAGCCUGUGGUUCAAGAGACGACUCCAUUCUCCUUAGCUAUGGAGGUGGAAGAAGAUAUCGAGCAAGAAAUCGAGAGCUUCGUGCGGUUCAAGCGACGAGGCGAAUACUUGCAGGCACAGGAGCUUUUUCAGCAAACUCUCUCCAGUCACCUCACAUUAUUUCCGGUCAUUGCCGAGUACGCAGAUCUACUUCUGGAACAAGGAAAGUUUCGAACUCUAUCAGAAUUUCUGGAUAUCCAAAUUCAAUACAUGGAGUCGAUGCUUGAAGAGGAAGAAGUGGAAUUGCUAUGCAUCAUGAGAUCCCUCGUCGGGAUUUAUACGAUGGGAGCUUUGCGCCCAGCUCUCGAGCAAGCUGAAAUUACUUGGAGUUUUCUCUGUCGUCGGAGAUUCGAGGUGUCUCCUGGUACACUUCCCGGCGAUGUGGAGAUUCACAUUUUCGAGGUCUACAUGAAAAUUCUUGUCUUUGCUUUUACCACCUCUAACUGGGUUGGGAUCAAUGACAUGAAAUGCCCAUGGGUUCAUCAUUCUCACGGUCGUUGCGAAUUUGUUCGGUGGUAUGCAAUGCUAUUGGAAAAUGGUCAACUGUGGAAUGCUUCCAAUAUCCUUGUCAUUCUUUUGAAGCUACUUCCAUCAUUGGAAACCCAAGAUGUUGCUAUCUUGUUCAGAGAAAAUCCCUUUGGCGACGUGCGGAACUUUAAACACUUGGUUAAAUGGAGUGAGACAAAAAACUUGCUCACAUUUACCGCUAGCUUCAAUCGAGCACAGGCACUCCUUGAUCUUACCCUGGGGCUAUAUAGGCAGCGUGACGACGACGACUACGAAAAGCUUUACGAAAUUGCACUUGCCUACCAUUUAAUUGCGGAGGACUUGGUUGGAAUCAUAUUUUCUGACGGUUCACUCGGCCUAGGUAACGCCAGAUACACAAUUCAGAGAAUGGCAUUUAAGCAAGCUUCAAAAAUCUUUCACAAAAAAGUUCCGACGAACUAUCGCACUGUGGACCUUCAACACUUCUCUCAGAAUUUGCUCCGGCAAGACAUGCAAUGCUAUAUCAUAUCUCAACUGCGGCUUCUUUUUGAUCGCCUCACUGUUUCUUCCAAUCCAUACAUCUCAUAUGAUUUGAAGACUCUUCUUGAUAUUCAAUUGCAUACUCAAGGAGAUUUCACAGGCUUUAUUCGUACAUAUGACCUAUCAAUGCCGGCCUUUGCAAAAAUGCUUGGGGCUAAGAUGGAGCAUGCCAACCAAAAAACUUCAAAAACGUUUGAUAUCCCGCUUUAUCAGUGGGCAAUCUAUCGCAGCUCACAAGAUUUGAAUUCAAUGCUCAGAGAACGUGGUAUCCUUGAAGAAAAGCUGCCGCUCUACAAGGAAAUAUCCCCUCAAAAAUCCCGACAAAACUUGCCAGUUAUUGAGUGGGAUCUCAAGAAAAUCGCCAUGUUUGCCAAAUUGAUAAGUGACAAGCAGCCAGCUCCAGACCCCGGGGUCUCUAUUUUAGGUGCUCAAAGUGUGACACUGGAGAGAAAAGCAUUAUUAGAGCAGGAGCUCGCUGAAGCCAAAGAGGAACUCGACAGACUUAAGCAAGAACGCGACAGGUGGUGGCGGGAGCACUAG